AGAUCUCGCAACCGUCCACCAGCCAGUAGAAGCCCACGUGCGCUUGGCAUGCUAGGCAGCCUAGCUACAUCCCGGUUCGGCGUUCCUGCCUUAGCACUUGCUCCCGCACUCUUGCAUACUACCAUGAGCCGAAGAAGACAGAAAUUUUCCCACGUGCAGGACCUCUGGAGCUUCCCUGGUCUCUGGUUCCGCGGCCCUGGGAGAGCUACCGCAUAGCUCGGAUCUGGACACCAGAGAUAAAAAGGGCCAUGGCCCCGGGAGAUGCAGUGCGCGCUGCAGGAACGCAUUCGUCUGGUUUCCCGUCAUUAUAAGAACACGCGAGCUUAUUCAAUCGCUCAAGAUGCACUCCGUCGUUGCUCUUACGCUGCUGGCAACUUCUGCCAUCGCGUUUCCCUCCAAUGGCUACAGCACCGGUCAUGGCAGUUCCAAGCUCAAUAUCCAGGUCGGUGAUCGCCCGUACUACCUCAUAAACAACAUGGACGACGGUCCCUUGAAGACGAAGCUCCAGUCUUGCUCUGAAGGCCCCUUCAAGCCAUCUGACUUCGUCGUGUCCCACCGCGGCGCCUCCCUCCAAUUUCCCGAGCACACAACAGAAGGCCUCGCCGCAGCCAGGAGGCAGGGCGCCGGCAUUCUCGAAUGCGACGUUGCCUUCACCAAAGACAAGAAGCUUGUGUGCCGCCACGCGCAAUGCGACCUGCACACGACCACCAACAUCCUCAACACCACGCUCGCAUCAAAGUGCACCACGCCUUUCCAGCCCGCCGCCAACGGCCAGCCUGCAAAGGCGAAAUGCUGCACCUCGGACAUCACACAAGCCGAAUUCAAGACACUCUGCGCAAAGAUGGAUGGCUUCAACCCCAACGGUACCACAGUGGCCUCGUACAUGGACGGCACCCCCUACUUCCGCACCGACCUGUACGCGACAUGCGGCACGCUCAUGACACUUAACGAGUACAUCAGCAUCGUCGACAGCUAUGGUCUGAAGUUCACGCCGGAGCUCAAGACCCCCGAGAUCCCCAUGCCGUACGAUGGCUACACCCAGACGCAGUACGCGCAGGACAUGAUCGACGCGUUCAAAAAGGCGAAAAUCGACCCCGAGCGCGUCUAUGCGCAGAGCUUCCUUCCCGACGACAUCUUCUACUGGAUCAAGCACGAGCCCGAGUUCGGAAAGCAGGCGGUGUAUCUGGACAGCCGUGUCGACACGCCAGCGGGUUACGCUAACGCGACAGCGUCGAUCCCGGACCUCGCGAAGAAGGGCGUGAAGAUUAUGGCGCCGGCGUUCUUCGCGCUGACAAAGGUUGAUCCAGUGACGAAAAAGGUUGUGCCCUCGGAAUAUGCAAUUGCGGUCAAGAAGGCUGGCAUGGACAUUAUCACGUGGUCGUUUGAGCGGAGCGGGUGGCUCAACCGGGGUGGGGACUACUACUACCAGUAUGUCAAGGACGUGAUCAACAACGACGGUGAUAUGUACACUGUGCUGGAUGUGCUGGCGCAGCAAGUCAAGAUUAGGGGCAUGUUCGCGGAUUGGCCCGCGAGCGUGACGUAUUAUGCCAAUUGCUUUGGGCUAUAGACGGGGACGGCAUGUAAAUGUGGAUGUAGGUGGAUAUAAACGAAGUUUAGCGCCGAGCGAGCGUAUCUAAACCUGAGAUUAGUGCGGGAAAUUAUACGUACUAUUGGCGGAAAUAAGUCUGCAUUCCACCCCAGCACGUGGUGUAUAGUC